CGCAUGUCGAAGGCUGGCUGUCAUACUGUCACUUUUGUUCGUAUUUCGGUGUGUCGCUUCUUCCUUCUUCGUUCGUAUUGCGGUUUUCGGCACUUUGUAAAUGAAAAAUGAUUGAUUUUUCAAAAAAUAUAAAUACAUGUGGUACUCAAAGUGUAUACGUGUGAUUGUUUUUAGAUAUUGUGUGUUAUAAGUUUAUCCACCAUGCCUCCAGUGAAUUCUAAGGUGAAAAAGAACGGCGCAGAAUAUGAGAGUGUUGUUCUGCCGCGUCGAUGGAGGACCGUUACAACCGCCGUUCCUGAUGUUAGGACAGCUGCCUCCUGCCCUCUCCUCACAAGGCAGGCACUUCUCAGUUAUGCCUCCAGUUGGAAUCUCAUACAUUACAAGUUCAGCAACUACGCAGGCAGCUACCUCAAUUUACCACGGCCCAUUGAAAAUAAAUUUCCGGAGGAGGUGUAUGAUAUAGAUGCCGAAACUGAGAGUGAUAAUGAGGGUCAGGCGGCUAAAUUGGACCUUGGCACGAAAGAGGGACAUCUGCUCAAGGGACCUGAAAUUGGCUCAGAUAGAAUAUUCAGUAACCUUGCUUCAAAGUCAUUUAAGAAACGUUAUUGCUCAAUGGUUAGAGAGGCCGAUGGCACGUAUAUACUUGAAGUGUAUAAGGACGAGAAGAAGACGGAUACGAAGCUCACUAUCGUUAUGGAUUUUUGCUCUGAUGUUGUCAGGAAUCCUAAAAAGGGAAGGUUUUGUUUCGAAUUGCGCAUGGCCGGCGGUAAAGGCUAUACGUUUGCAGCUGAAAAUGAAGAAGAUGUAAAUGAUUGGAUUAACGCUUUUAAAGCGGCCUUGAAGAAAAACCAGGAUAGCCAAGAGACUCACCAAAGUGAUGAAGCUUUGGACAAAGAUGCGGACGUAUCUCUGACAGCGGAACCUCCUCCUCCUACGUACGGCACCCUGAAGGGCUUGGAGCACAGUAUGAACCCGCUACUCAUGCGGUACUCCCGCGAGACAGACAUGUCUAUAGCGGCCGCGCGCAAUGAGUGCCGCUACAACAUCUUCAGUAUGCCAUACAAACGCGCGCCCUCGCCUGAACCCCAGCUCGAACCAUUCAAAGAACACUUUGGCCAAAGAAUUUUGCUCAAAUGCGAAAGCUUAAAGUUUAGGUUGCAAGCGCCGAUAGACGGCGAUAAAGAACUGUUGUGUCAAGUAGAGCCUUAUUACACGUACUUAGCGCUGUACGACGCGAGGAGUGGGAAGAAACUCUCGGAGAACUUCCACUUCGACCUGAACCAUGAUGCCGUGAAAGAUCUAGUCAAGGAUACCGAGGAUACGAAGUCAUUAGUUGAGAAUUUUAGUUACGAUGUUAAGUUAGACGUUAAUCAGAUACCGGAAGAGUGGUUUAGAUCGAAGAAACAGGUAAUGCUGUCUGUAAACAAUCCGCACCCAGACUUGUUUCUCGUAGUAAGGAUUGAUAAAAUCUUACAAGGCCACGUGAGUCAGGUGCUGGAGCCUUACCUCAAGGCCACCAAGGACCCGAGACUUGGCCUCAAAGUACACAAGAAUGUCCAGGCGUAUGCAAACCGCGUGGGAACUUACAGGAUGCCCUUUGCUUGGGCGGCGAAACCUUUGUACAAAAUGUACAGCAAUGAUUUAGAUUUGACGCCGGAGUUCCCAGCCAUAUACCGGCAGGAACCGAAUAAGAUGUCUGAUGAUGAUCUCCUGAAGAUAUUAUCAGACUAUCGCAAGUCCGAGAAGAUGUCGAAACUGACUGUGAUACCAGGGUGGCUCAGCAUUAAUAUAAAUCAGAGCAAUGAACAAGUACCAAAUUGCAUGUCUACUUCGUACGCAGCAUUGAAACCUUUUCCUUUACCGCCUACAUCGCCGCUGACAUUAGAGCUGGCUACUCUAAACGUGGAGCCAGAGCAGCCGUAUGCAGCGUACAUACACCAUUUGUACAACACCGGUCCAGAAGUGGUUUGGGUGGAAGGUGAGAAGCAGCUGUUUCGUUGCCAACUGGUCCUGGACUCCACAGUGGCUACCAGAGACCCUCACUUGCACAACCUGUUCAGCCAGGCUGAGAGACUGAUCAAAUCCAGUUCACCUCCAACUUCACCCUCCCCUCCACCGUGGAAUGACGUAUGCAACGCGCUCAAAGCUGCGCACGCAAUAAAAUUGAGCUCGCUCGUAGCUUUCUUGCCAACUAUUAUGAAUCAACUGUUUGAAUUAAUGUACGUAUUUAAUUGUGUGGAAUUCAAACUGCACACAAUGUUGACGGCUCCUUUACACAUGUUCGUGGAUCCCAACCAGCCGGACUUUUUGCUCGGCAACAAAUUCAUGCAGUACUCCGGCUUCUUCUUCGAUAUAAUCACUAAGAGUAUGGCGCAGUACCUUAUCAAUACAGGGAGGAUAAAAAUGUCACGCCACGAACGGUUCCAUGCAGAUCUUCUAGAGAACAUUGAGAAAUUAGUUACGACUGUUGAACCUUCGUACAUUUUACAACAACCAAUGCAGACUCAUAUAUUCAACAAAAAUCUUGCCACAUUUUUAAAAUCUUGCCUAUCAUUCAUGGACAGAGGUUUUGUGUUCCGACAAAUAAAGAAAUACCUCGAUAAGUUCAAAGUCUGCGAUCCUAAAGCGUUGUUUGACUUCAAAUUCACGUUCCUACAAACUAUAUGUUCUCAUGAACAUUUUGUGCCGUUCAAUCUGCCUUUACAUGCCAAUAAAUUGCCUAAAGAUGGGGAUGAAGAUCCCGCCAAGCUGAGGCUCACUGAAGAUUUUAUUAUGAGACACUUUCUUGCCGGAACCCUGCUAAAACAAGUGGAACAGUCACUGAGAGAGGCGCCAAUGAAGCGUAGGUCUGCGUUGAGUGUGUUGCGAGCUUUAUUGACGAAGCAUGAACAUGAUGAUAGAUAUAGGAGUCGACAGUGCAGAGCGAGGUUGGCGUAUUUGUACUCACCGUGGCUUACUAUUGUACUCGAAAACGCACAUCGUCUAAUAACAAAGAACUUGGCGAGUCCAAUAGAGAAUGGUCACGACAGAGUGGACGGCGACGGCACGAUGAACCCGGUCCUCAACAGCACCCAGAAGGAGGCCGCGUCCGCCAACAGCACGCCGCGACGGAACAGGCUCACGUUACACUUCGACCACACCCCCGUCAGGAACUCCGCACAUUUCAAAGAACCGCCCACUAUACCGGGGAAUCAUAUGUAUGGGAAAGAUCACGCCAACAACAUGUCACAAAGCAGUUUAGAAUCAGUAUCUACUAUGUCCGGAGGUGACUCGCUACCAAGAAAUAUUGGACGACUGGACUUGAGCGAAAUUGGUGAUCAAGUUAAUAGAUUCGGUGUGAUGUCCGCGGAAGAGGUGCGCGAUGUUCUAUUGUGCUUCCUGUACGUGUUGAAGUAUUUGGACGACGAGAGACUCGUGGACUGGUGGAGGACACAGUCUCAGGCUCAACAGCAAUCCUUCUUUAAUGUGCUGGAAAUAUGCGCAGAACAAUUCCAAUAUGUCGGACGAAAGAAGAUACUAUCAGAAAUGAAAGCAACUACACCGGACUGCAAUGGCAAGCCGAAGCCAGUAAAAGCCAGGACGUUACCCGCCAGGAUGAGCCCGCCCGACUUUUCAAAGGAACCACCAAUAGUUGUGGAGAAAAAUAAUACUGUCAAUAGAGAAAAUCUUGUUAAUCCUUCUGUUACUACUGAAUUGGAAGCAAUAGCGGAACACACAGUGCUAUCAGCGAGCUGCCUCGCUACAGAAGUGGGUCUGACCAUCAUAGACCGCGCGUGUCUCUUCAUGAAGAACCUGGGCGCGGCUGACGGGGUCGCGGCGAAGCCUUAUCUCAAACUACUGCAGUACCCACAGAGCGAGACUUUGUAUAAGCACCUGUUUUCAGCUCUGAGAGCGUAUAUUAACCAGUUCUCUGAGACACUGUUUGAAGGUGAGUGA